CCCCCCCCCCUCCUCCCAGCUGGAUCAAGCCAGCUUCUCAUACGCCAUCUCCGCCAUCUUCCUAUUCUUCAGCGGAAGCUUCAUUUAUUCCAUUUUGUACUGCUGCUAUACGACUGUUGCUGCGUCUUAUAUAAACCAAAAAAACUAUACACAGAUACACCGUUCCGUCACUGAAAAAGCCCCCCAACUUUGCCCAGAAUCCGCUUCCACCCACCACCACCACCACCACCACCACCCACACACACAUCAAACCCCCAGUACGGUUGUCCGAGUAGUGUACGAGCGCCAACUCGAAUGUCCCCCACGGAAACAGCCCACCUCCUCCACCACCACGAUCCCGCGACGAUGACCUCUACCGGCCAACAGAUCAAGGCCGCUGCCAUCGCAAAGGCAAAGAGCGCCGUCAGCUCAGCCACCAUCAACGGGAGCAAUGGGAGCGCGAGCAAGAAGCGCAGAGGAAACAAUCAGCUGAAACCCAUCAUCACAAAUGAGACGCCGAAGAAUGCGGAUACCCCCCCAACAACCAUGGCUUCCAAUUCUACCGCUGGAAAGAGCAGCGGCUCGACCAACUCUCCGCUUUCGCAUAAGGGCGCAAUGAACAACCGAUCACCGUCGACAUCGUCGCGCGACGAGGCCGAGACGACGGCCGACGAAGAGGACUCGGAGGACUACUGCAAGGGCGGCUACCACCCGGUGCAGGUGGGCGAGAAGUUCAAGGACGGCAAGUACACGGUGGUUCGCAAGCUAGGGUGGGGCCACUUCUCGACGGUGUGGCUGUCCAAGGACGGCGUGACGGGCAAGCACGUCGCGCUCAAGGUCGUGCGGUCGGCGGCACACUACACGGAGACGGCCAUCGACGAGAUCAAGCUGCUCAACAAGAUCGUGGCCGCCAACCCGGAGCACCCGGGGCGCAAGCACGUCGUCAGCCUGCUCGACUCGUUCGAGCACAAGGGCCCCAACGGCACGCAUGUGUGCAUGGUGUUUGAGGUGCUCGGGGAGAACCUGCUGGGGCUGAUCAAGCGCUGGAACCACCGCGGCAUCCCGAUGCCGCUGGUCAAGCAGAUCACGAAGCAGGUGCUGCUCGGGCUCGACUACCUGCACCGCGAGUGCGGCAUCAUCCACACGGACCUGAAGCCCGAGAACGUGCUGAUCGAGAUUGGCGACGUGGAGCACAUCGUCAAGACCUUCGUCAACCAGGACGAGGUCAAGAAGGAGGAGAAGAAGGAUAACCCCAACGGGCGCCGGCGACGCAGGACCCUCAUCACGGGCAGCCAGCCGCUGCCGAGCCCGCUGAACGCGAGCUUCAACCAUGCGGAGCUGUUCCGCAACCAGGGCAGCUCCAUGUCGAGCCUCAACGGGAUGAUGAGUGAAGGUAAUGAGACCCCCAUCCGAGGAGAGAGUGCUUCUUCGUUGGGCGGCGUCGUAAUGAGUGGUGCCAUCACAGGAUCCCCGAGCACGACACCCACGACAGACAAGGACCAGAGCCAGAGAGAGAAAUCAGCAGACAUCUUAAGUAGAGAAGUAUCCGGCAUUACAUUAGACAAGAGCUCGUCGACGGCCGACAAACCCAAGCCCUCAGACCCGGCAUUCGAGAAGAUCAGCGUCAAGAUUGCAGAUCUAGGGAACGCCUGCUGGGUCAACCACCAUUUCACCAACGACAUCCAGACGCGGCAGUACCGGUCGCCCGAGGUCAUCCUCGGCGCGAAAUGGGGCGCCAGUACGGAUGUGUGGAGUAUGGCUGCUAUGGUCUUCGAGCUCAUCACAGGCGACUACCUCUUCGACCCCCAAUCCGGCACCAAGUACGGCAAAGACGACGACCACAUCGCGCAGAUCGUCGAGCUCCUGGGCCCCUUCCCGCGCUCGCUCUGUCUCUCGGGGAAAUGGUCGCAGGAGAUCUUCAACCGCAAAGGCGAACUCCGCAACAUCCACCGGCUGCGGCACUGGGCGCUCCCGGACGUGCUGAGGGAGAAGUACCAUUUCAAGGAGGCGGAGGCGAAGGGGGUGGCGGAGUUUUUGACACCGAUGCUGGAGCUGACGCCGGAGAAGAGGGCGAAUGCGGGGGGGAUGGCGGGGGGGAAGUGGGUUGGGGAUGCGGUGGGCAUGGAGGGGGUGGGGAUUGAGGGGCUCGAGGUGGGGUCGAGGGGGGAGGGGAUUGAGGGGUGGGCGCAGGAGGUGAAGAAGACGAGGUGA